UUUAAGAGAGGGGUGGCUCGACGACCAGAAGCUAAAUUUUGCAGAUCCGUGUUGUUGAGAGAACAGUUAGUGAUUUUCAUGGUACACUACGUCCGCAGACGUCUGGAUUUCUUGACGUCAGGAGAAAAGUCUGAGCGCAUCCAGCGCUGCGCAUAAGCUCAGCAACCACAUCUCUCCCAGAGGAAAGCAGGGCACCGCACAGCCACAGAUCGCCAUUUAGCUUUAGUGUGGCGAAUCCGAUCAGCGUUGUAGGAUGCCUCUUGGAGAGGAUGGAAAUGGAUGGAAGAAGAAGACAUCAGACAUCAAAGAACAUUAUGACUUCAAAGAAGUGCUGGGAACGGGCGCUUUCUCCGAGGUGGUUCUCGCAGAGGAGAAGAGGACUCAGAGGCUAGUGGCCAUCAAGUGCAUCCCGAAGAAAGCCCUGGAAGGGAAGGAGAACAACAUCGAAAAUGAGAUCGCAGUUCUGCACAGAAUCAAGCACCCAAACAUUGUUUCGCUGGAAGACAUCUUUGAGAGUACAUCUCAUCUAUAUCUUGUCAUGCAACUAGUGUCUGGUGGCGAACUUUUCGAUCGAAUUGUGGAGAAAGGCUUUUACACAGAGAGGGAUGCCAGUCAGCUCAUCCACCAGAUCUUGGACGCUGUUAAAUAUCUCCACGAUAUGGGAAUCGUCCACAGAGAUUUGAAGCCGGAGAAUUUACUGUAUUACAGUAUGGAUGAGGACUCCAAGAUCAUGAUCAGCGACUUUGGUCUGUCCAAGAUCGAGGGAGCGGGCAGUGUCAUGUCCACGGCAUGUGGUACUCCUGGUUAUGUGGCUCCCGAAGUUCUUGCUCAGAAGCCGUACAGCAAAGCUGUGGAUUGUUGGUCCAUAGGAGUUAUUUCUUACAUUCUGCUCUGUGGGUAUCCUCCGUUUUAUGACGAAAAUGAUGCCAAGCUAUUUGAGCAGAUUUUGAAAGCUGAGUAUGAGUUCGACUCUCCAUACUGGGACGACAUCUCAGAUUCAGCCAAAGACUUCAUCUGUCACAUGAUGGAAAAGGACCCUGGGAAGAGGUACACCUGUGAACAGGCUCUCCAACAUCCUUGGAUAUGUGGCGACACAGCUCUGGACAAGAACAUCCACGAAUCUGUCAGUGCUCAGAUCAAGAAGAACUUUGCCAAAAGUAAAUGGAAGCAAGCGUUCAAUGCCACCGCGGUGGUGCGACACAUGCGGAGGCUGCAGCUGGGCACCAGUCUCGAGGGACCGAGUCAGAUUACUCCCACCAGUCCCUGCCAUGGACAUCUGCUCCCAGAAGAGGAGGUGGAGGAAGAGGAGGAUGAACUGGGGAACGAGGAGGAGGAGAGCUUGUCGCACUACGAGGAUGGUCGUCGUGGAAGUAACGAGGGUAGCACAGAUCGGGACAGCCUGAGAAGCUGUACCUACUGCUGCAGGCCAACCAGUCGAAUCUGAGCACAGCCUCCUGGUGUCAUGAUGAUGAAGUGUCUUUGGAGCACCCAGAACCCGCCCACCCAGUCUGGCCAGUAAGGCAGAGUAGAUAUUAGUCAAUGUCCGCCAGAGCACAUACCCAAACAAGAGUUCCCCUCUAUUUUGUGGUUAAAGAAAUAUAUUGUACGUUUUUUUUUUGUUAUAUUAUUUUUGUAUAUCAAUAGGUUAUAACUUCAGUGCUGGGGACAAAAAAAGUAUAUCCAUCCUCAAGAUUUCUUGUUUUUGCCUUUCUAUUUUUCUUUGCCACGGUUAAACGUAGAUUCUAAUAUCAAUCAAAAUAACCAGGGUAAAUACAAGAAGCAGUUUUCAAAUGUAAACUAUCCAAAGAAAACGGGUUCUACGUGAAAGAUAAUCACCCCUGUGAAUUUCAGGAAGUCACUUAAACAGAGCCAGGCUGACAACAUGAAGUAGGUUAAAAGAUCUCACAGGAAUUCAACAGCAUUAGAGAAACCAAAGUGACAAUUAUAUGUAACUUUAUGAAGGGCUGAAAAGUUACAUUUAAGCCAUUGCAACUCCAGCGCAUCACAUCGAGAGCCUUUAUCCACAAAUAAAAAAAAAGAAAAAAAGAGAGGAUUGUCCGGCCAAUAAAAACUAUCACAGGACUGCAAUAGCGACCCACGCAGAAGUUCACACAAGAAACCAGAACAAUGUCUGAAGCACUGCAGGACUCACAUGUCUCAGUGAGGUUCAGUGUACCUGACUGAACAAAAAGAAAGAAACUGGACAAAAAUGACCUCAAUGGGAAAAAUCUAAUGUGAAAAAGCAGAAGAAAAGGAAGAUCAUGACAGUCAAGCAUGGUGGUGGUGGUUUGAUUGAUUGGCAACUUUGCUGCUUCUGGACCUGGAUGACCUGCCAUAAUUUAGGGGGGCAUGGAUUCAGCUCCUUAGCAGAAAAUGCUGAAGGAAAAUCUCUGGCCAUCAGUUUGUGACUUUAAGGUCAUGUGCACUUGGGUUAUAGAGCAGGACAAAGAAAGAACGACAUGGGAGAAUCCACCUUUGAAUAACUUUAAAAAAAAA